UGCCUCUCUCACAACCUCCAGGCGUACCAGUCUGUGUUGCGCCUCUGCUCUCUCAACUUUUUUUUUUUCUGAUCACAACUCCUCUGCAACUCUCACUUUUUAGUCCCUGGCAGCGGAGGGAUGUUCCCAGGAAGGAGGUUACACCCCAGCUGAACAUUUUCACCUUGGAAAGUUUAGGAGUCAGGCGGAUAACUUAUUCUCGGAGAGAUUGUGAAUGGGGAGCAUUUGGGGAGACUUUUACGCAUCCAGUUGAGUGACGCGCGGUUAGAUGUUUUAAAAGAAAACUUUGUCUUUGCAAGUGUCACAUCCACAUCCUCAUUUCCUUUCUUUUCUUCAAUGGCAAGGGAGCGUUUUAAGGAGAUUCCGACUGAUCGAGUCUCUCGAGAGAAACUUUAGUAAACUUCUGCUAACAUCGGACUUUUUUUAUUUCGGCUUCCAUCACUUCACUUUUUUUUUUUUCUUAAAUCGAGCACUUAGUCAAACGACCUCUUUUGACCUUUUUCGGGAUCCUUACUUCCACAACGUCUACUUCCCCCCCGCGGAUAUUCAAUUAACUUCGGUUUGGAAGUAAUUUCAGUGGAUAUCAUGCCUCCGACCGGGCCGGAGAGGCGAGCUGCGCUCUGCCGGGUUUGGGCUCUGGUUGUCGUGCUGCUGGUGUGUGUUGCUUCGGUGACUGGAUGCCCACACAAGUGCAGCUGCUCCGGGUCGCAUGUGGACUGCCAGGGUUUGGGUUUGAAGACUGUGCCGAAGGGAAUACCGAGGAAUGCCGAGCGUCUGGAUCUGAACAGAAACAACAUCACCAGAAUCACUAAAGUGGACUUCUCCGGCAUCAAGAACCUCAGGAUUCUUCAUCUGGAGGACAACCAAAUCAGUGUUAUCGAGAGAGGAGCCUUCCAAGACCUCAGGCUGCUGGAGAGACUUCGUCUGAACCGAAACAAACUCCAGUUUCUCCCAGAGCUUCUCUUCCAGUCCAACCCCAAACUAGGACGACUUGACCUCAGUGAGAACCAGAUCCAGGCAGUUCCCAGGAAGGCGUUCAGAGGAAUCACCAGUGUCAAGAACCUGCAACUGGACAGCAACCACAUCAGCUGCAUCGAAGAUGGAGCUUUCCGAGCGCUGCGCGAUCUGGAGAUUCUCACUCUCAACAACAACAACAUCACCCUCAUCCCCCUGUCCAGCUUCAACCACAUGCCCAAGCUGCGGACACUUCGUCUGCACUCAAACAACCUCCACUGUGACUGUCACCUGUCCUGGCUCUCUGAUUGGCUCAGAGCCAGACGGGGCUUGGCUCCCUUCACCCAGUGCAUGGCCCCCGCCCACAUGAGGGGCCUCAAUGUCCCAGAUGUGCAGAAGAAGGAUUUUGUCUGCAAUGGUCCGGCCCAGACGGAGUCGAGGACUUGUGUUCCACAGGUGGCCGUGUGUCCACCCAGCUGCAGCUGUAACAACAACAUAGUGGACUGUCGGCGCAAAGGCCUCACAGAAAUACCAGCCAACCUCCCUGAGGGCAUCGUGGAGAUUCGUUUGGAGCAGAACCUGAUUAAAAGUGUCCCAGCAGGAGCCUUUACUGUCUACAAGAAGCUCAAGAGGAUUGAUUUGAGUAAGAACCAGAUUUCUGACAUUGCCGCAGAUGCCUUCAGUGGCCUUCGCUCACUCACCUCACUGGUGCUGUACGGCAACAAGAUCACUGAGCUGCCCAAGGGAUUGUUUGAUGGACUGGUUUCCCUGCAGCUACUACUGCUGAAUGCCAACAAAAUUAACUGUUUGAGAGUCAACACCUUCCAAGACCUGCAGAACCUCAACCUGCUUUCACUGUACGACAACAAGCUGCAAACUAUCAGCAAAGGACUGUUCGCCCCUCUGCGCUCGAUCAAGACUCUUCAUCUGGCCCAGAAUCCCUUUAUGUGUGACUGUCACCUGAAGUGGCUGGCUGACUACUUGUUUGACAAUCCCAUCGAGACCAGUGGAGCACGCUGCAGCCACCCCAGAAGGCUGGCUAACAAACGAAUCAGCCAGGUUAAAGGCAAGAAGUUCAGGUGCACAGGUCAGGAGGACUAUCGUAGCCGUCUGAGUGGCGAGUGUUUCCAGGACCUGGUGUGUCCAGAGAAAUGUCGCUGUGAGGGCACCGUAGUCGACUGCUCCAAUCUCAAACUGAUCCGUAUACCUCCACACAUCCCUGAGCACACCACAGACCUGCGGCUAAACGACAACGAGAUUGCCGUCCUGGAGACUGUGGGGAUGUUUAAGAAGCUGCCUAACUUGAAGAAGAUCAACCUGAGCAACAACAAGUUGCGGGACAUCCGCGAGGGUGUGUUCGACGGAGCUGCUGGAGUUCUGGAGCUGCUGCUGACAGGAAACAAGCUAACUGGGCUGCAGGGACGCAUGUUCAGAGGUCUCACUGGCCUGAAAACUCUAAUGCUGCGGAGUAACCAGAUCAGCUGCAUUGACAACAGUACGUUUACGGGUCUGAGCUCGGUGCGUCUGCUGUCUCUUUACGACAACAGGAUCUCCAGCAUCGCCCCAGGAGCCUUCUCCACCCUGCACUCCCUGUCCACCAUUAACCUCCUGUCCAACCCAUACGUUUGUGAUUGUCACUUGGCCUGGCUGGGUCAGUGGCUGAAGAAAACCAGGGUGGUCAGUGGAAACCCUCGCUGUCAGAAGCCGGCCUUCCUGAAGGAGAUCCCCAUCCAGGACGUGGCCACCCCUGACUUCACAUGUGAUGGUGCUGAGGAUAAUGGUUGUCUUCCUGCGUCUGGUUGUCCUGACGUCUGCACGUGCUCAGACGGUGUGGUGCGCUGCAGCAACAGAGGGCUGCACUCUCUGCCCAAGGGCAUUCCCAAGGACACCACUGAGCUUUACCUGGAGGGUAAUAUGCUGACAUCUGUGCCCAAGGAGCUGGCAUCCCUGAAGCAGCUGUCACUGGUGGACCUCAGCAACAACAGCAUCAGCACAUUGGCCCCGUACACCUUCAGCAACAUGACUCAGCUAGCCACACUCAUCCUGAGCUAUAACCAGAUUCGCUGCAUCCCGGUCCAUGCCUUCAACGGGCUCAAGUCUCUCCGCCUGCUGACUCUCCAUGGUAAUGACCUUUCAACUAUCCCAGAAGGAGCUUUCAACCACCUCACCUCUCUGUCCCACCUGGCUCUUGGUGCCAAUCCCUUGUACUGUAACUGUGACCUGCGCUGGCUCUCUCAGUGGGUCAAGGCUGGUUUUAAAGAACCGGGCAUUGCUCGUUGUACUGGACCUCCUGACAUGGCUGACAGGCUACUGCUCACCACACCACUUAACAGAUUUCAGUGUAAAGGUCCAGUAGAUAUAAGCCUGAUGUCAAAGUGCGCCCCCUGCCUGGCAGCACCAUGCCAGAACAACGGUACCUGUGUCUCUGACACCACCGGAUCCUACCACUGUACCUGUCCGUAUGGAUUCAAGGGUCAAAACUGUGAAUUACCCAUCAAUGCCUGUAUUAGUUUCCCCUGCUCAAAUGGAGGAACCUGCCACAUUCAACAUGGCCAUGAAGACCACUUCAGCUGUGUGUGUCCACCCGGUUUCGAAGGCCAACGUUGUGAGAUAAACCCAGACGACUGUGAAGACAACGACUGUGAGAACAACUCUACCUGCAUCGAUGGAGUCAACAACUACACCUGCGUGUGUCCGCCCAACUACACAGGUGACCUCUGUGAGGAGGUGGUUGACCCUUGUCUCCAUGGUUUCGACCCCUGUCAGCAUGACUCAAAGUGCGUCUACGUUGGCCGCAGUUACAGGUGCGAGUGUUUGCCGGGCUAUGUGGGGCAACACUGUGAGCAGGACUAUAAUGACUGUCUGGAGAAUAAGUGUCAGCACGGAGCGGAGUGUGUCGACGCUGUCAACGGCUAUACCUGCGUCUGUAAAGAGGGUUUCAGCGGGCUGUUCUGCGAGAACCCUCCGCCAAUGAUCUUGCUGCAGACCAGCCCCUGCGACCAAUCAGAUUGCCAGAACAGCGCCCAGUGCCUGGUGGUUGCUGGGGAGCCCGUCUGCCGAUGCCUGCCCGGUUUCUACGGCAACAAAUGUGACAAGAUGGCCACCGUUCACUUCCUAGGUCGCGAUGGGUAUGUGGAGCUGCCGGGCGCGAAGCUUCGCCCCACCGCUCACAUUUCACUACAGGUGGCUACAGAUAAAGACAACGGUAUUUUAUUGUAUAAGGAGGAUCACGACCCCCUGGCCCUGGAGCUUUACCAGGGACACAUACGACUCAUCUACGACAUUGCCAACUACCCACCAACCACUGUGUAUAGCGUGGAGUCGGUGAAUGACGGGCUUUUCCACACAGUCGAGCUGUUGAUUCAGAACCGUUCACUGAGCCUGGUGGUGGAUAAUGGAGCCCCCAAGAGCCUGGGCAAGCUAGCACGCCAGCCGUCGGUCGACCACAACACUCAGCUUUACAUAGGAGGCGUACCAUCACAGGUGGUGGCCUCAGGUCUGCGUCCGGGCCCUGAACGUUCUCCUCAGGCUUUUAAUGGCUGCAUCCACAAUGUCCGAAUCAACGGGGAGCCUCAAGAUCUGAGUCACAGAGCCACGGGAGGAGGACGACCACAAGGAGUCGAAAACAAGGGCGAUGGUAUUCUUGCAGGUUGUCAUACCUGCAGUGUGUGUGCACAGGGUGCGUGCAGGGAAGGAGGAGAGAUGGGGGUAACAUGUGACUGUCCUCCAGGACGGAGCGGAGCCCUGUGUGACAAGUCAACAACACCGAACCCCUGUCAGAACAGCAGAUGUGUUCAUGGUGUGUGUACACCGAAGGGUCAGUCCUACAGUUGCCAGUGUAGUGAAGGCUACCAAGGUCAGUAUUGUGAUCGACGGCAAGAGCCUCCGGCCUGCAGGGGGCAUCGCUGUGGACACGGGGAGUGUCGUGUGUCAGAGGGCGGAGAGCCGGUUUGCCAAUGUCAGCCUGGGUUCACCGGACCAACCUGUGACACAGAGCUGACGUGUCAAGGAGAGAUGGUGAGGGAGCAGCUGAAGCGCCACCACCCCAUGAGAACAUGCACAUCCACCAGUAAGAUUCCCCGCAUGGAUUGUCCGCGAUCCUGCCAGGCCGCAGCGCCCCCUGGUGUCUGCUGUGGCGUCACCAAGACCAGGAGGAGGAAGGCGGUUUUCCGCUGCACCGACGGCACCUCGUACUCCGAGGAGAUGGAAGCUGCUCUGGAGUGUGGCUGCUCCAAGUGCCCGUUGUAACAGCACCGCAGUUUGUUCGUUUGUUUUGCAACACCCACCGCUGCCAUUUUGUGAAUUCUACACAUCAAUGUAGAGAGAUUUUUCCACGUUGAUGAGCACCAUCAUUAUGUGAUUUUUUUUUUCCACAUCCAUUUUGACCGCUGCCAAUUUGCUGCCAAGAGAAACCACAAACAAAAAUGGGACAUGUGUGCGUGUUUUUGACAGAGAGAAAAUAUAUUGUAAGAUAUAAGUGAGAAAAAACAUAGAACUUAUUUUUAUUAUGGAUUUUUUUUUCUAAAAGAUGAUAAAAGGACUGAUGAGUUGUUUUUUAAUAUGUUGAUUAUAUAAUGUGUUACAUAGUAUAAAAAUGUUAUUUUGUACCUUGUAAGAAGAAAAAGUACACCACAAAAUAGAUUAACAUUCCUUAAAAGUAUAUGAAUUUAUAUGUAUGUAUAAAUCUAUAUAAAUAUAUACCUUAACCCAAUGAAUUUUAUAUUUUCUAAGUGUAUUUGCAUGAUGUUAAUGUGAGUGCUGAUGUGUGGGAGGCUUUGGACACUGAGUGAAGAGGGCUGAAGAGAAGAGCUGCGUUGAUUCCACAAUAAGGAAAAGGUGGCGGUCUUUUGUUGCCCUCUCUCUUGGAGGCUGAAGGGGAACUGUAUGUGCCUAGCUAACCUGCUUCACUAUAUAAUGGACAUCAUCCUCACAUGUGAGUUUUUUUGAGAAAACAUAAAAGACUCUUUCCAGAGAGAGAGAUGAUUUAACAGUUUGUUCUAAUGCUGUGUUAUUCUGUUGUUUGCUGUUGCACACCAGACUCGGAGCCACAUGAGGUUUGACAUGAAAAUCUGAAAGACGUUUGCUAUUCAUUAGGAGUUCAUCAUAAAUCAGGAUUUCCCUUUCAAAUUAUCAAUAAUGGAAUGCUAUUAAUUCAGCAUUGUGCUGAGUCUAUUAGCGAAUGAGAUUUUAAAUAAGUUUUAAAACAGAUACUCAAGGCAAUCCUUGACGAGUCAUGUGAAAACAGGAGGCAAAUUUGAAUCAAAGCACCCAUUCAGUUAACGAAGACGUUUUGUCCGUUGUUUUCUUUUUCUUUUAUUUCUUAAAGAGUGACUUAAUACCAGGCUGAAAAGCAGUGUUUCACUGCUCUCUCUCUCUUGAACAUUUCAAGUGUGCGUCACCGCUGGGUGUAGUUGGGGCCGGGUGGUCAGAAGUGUGCUAACUACCCCCACAGUGAUGUCACAGGGUGUGUCAGUACACUGUGCCAUAUACAGUAGCAAUGUGAGGAGUUAAACCACUGGAUUAAACUCAGCAAAGACAAUAUUUUCAGCUGGUUUAAGUUACUCUUUAAAUGGCUGCUCAACAUGAGGUGGUUUUCUGACUGGGUGGGGAAGCUGUUUUGAAUAAAGCCAUUACACCAAAGUCAACUCUAUUUGCCUUAACAGAUAAGUACAUUUCAAAAUGAUUGACUGAAAUUGUUGAUUUAUACAAGUUGAAGUGCCUAUGUGUACUUAUUUUGAAAUUCAAAACUGUUGCUGCAAUAUUCCCAACGGCUGCAUCUGAAUGUUUGAUCAUUUUGGAUGGGUGUUUCCACUGUCGCCUGUCUCCCUGACAACACAAUCAAAAUGUAAUAGUGGCCUUCUUUGAAUUAUUCUUCUCCCCUGAUCAGGUUAUGUGGGCAGGCCCUACAAAAUUUAUAGAAAUCCCAAAGCAAAUACAGUAAUUGGGCCAAAUAUAAGAGAAGCCUUAAUCAUGCCACAGUCUUUUGUUAUGAAUUACUUGUUGCAGAAUUCAUAGCCUCAUGUUGAAUUUGAAAUUGCAGCAUCAACAAAGACCCAUUUCUUUUUUUCCCUCUUCAUUUUAUGCAGGUCUGAUUAUUUGGUGGACCAUGACAUGCUUUAAGGCGCAUAUGGAAAAAAUUCUAUUUCCAUGGAAAAUGCACUUGAGUUUGAGGAGAAGCUUUUUGAUAAUAUGUUCACGAUUUAAAUUUCACCAUUGACAGUGUGGAGUGGAGGUUUUUAAACAGUGUUUAUUAUAGUUAUUGACCAAAAGACAGUGCUCCAGUCUGCACAGCAAACCUCCACAAUGACGACUCAGUUGCCUGCUACGUCAAAGACACUCCUGUAACUUUGUCACAUGAACGAAUCAGAUUUGGACCAAGGUACCACAGGCCAGCUGAAAAGAACUUCAACAUCAGCACGGUUUUUAACUGCCCAUAAAGGACUAACACAAUUAAGAGCAUAGCAAAAUACUAUAAUGUAACUACUACUGUAUUGUUUACUUUAUACAUAGUUGCUUUGUUUACAACAGGUGCAAAGUAUUGUCAGACUUUUACAGUUAAUUUACAGCUCUGUUAUUCUUGGUUUGAGACAUAUCAGUAUUAUCCUUGUUUGUCAAUGUCACGGUUUUCCACACCUUCUGUUCCUUCUGUCCGAUCCUUCUCACUUUGUUUUCUUCAUACCUUUCCUUCCCCUCCCUGCUUUUCUCUGCCUUUUUUCCCCAUAUUGCCCAUGAUAUCUCCUCUGUUUGCUGAAAUUAAUUUUCACCAUCUCUCCCCCUUUCUUUUUUGUGAUUCAUUGACCUUUUACCUGUUGCCUCCUUCUCUUCUCCCUUUUUGUCCCCUCUUUUCCUGACCCUAAAGAUUUAGUUCUUCAUUGUGACCAGAAUAAAACACCUCAGUUAUUAGUUAUGGACCAUAAAAAUAACUGUAUAGUCAGUCAUUUCCAUUUUCCAAGUCCUAGGUUUAAAAAAAAACAUGAAUAUGCGAGUGAUAAUUGAUACUUAUGUUGAAUGUUAAAAUUAAACUACCAUUGAAACUACA